AUGUGGCUAAAUUCCAUAUGGUUGAGCCUGGCGCUGCUUCCCCUUGGUCAGGCUCGAGCCGUUCUGGAGCCUGUACAGCGACAGGAUCAGCGGGCCACCACGAAUGCUGGCUUCACUCCCAAUUUUAUUUCCACUUCAGACGAUGUGAUUACCUUGGACUCAACACACAAUUCUCCUACAGUCCAGAUACUUGAUUAUAGGUACAGCGUAGAGGGCAUCCCGGCUUUCGAGGUUGUAUCAGUUGAUGGAGAUACCUCUAACUUCGAGAUCACGUACGGGGAAAGUCGUGCUGCUUUAAGCGUCUAUAUGAAGCUUAAUCUUUCUUCCACUGGCGUCCUGAAGCUCAGAAAUGUCGGCGUGCGUCCGACAAUCGACACCACUGCAAUCAUGCAACUUCCCGGCUCCUUUCACAGCGCAGAUAACAAGAUUGAUGCUAUUUGGAAGGUUGGCGCUCGCACGAUUCAGAUGACCGAGAUUCCCAAGGGUAGCAUCCCGGACUUUUGGAAGGUCACUUCAGAGGGAGCUUCCGUGGACAGUCUCGCCCCGCAGGUUCUCGGGAGUGCGGCCGCCGCACAACUCUUGAAUUACAAUGUCGACUUUAAGGUUAAACCAGUUGUUGACGGUUUCGGCUUCACCGUCCUGUCGGAUACCUUGAACUCCGGUAUUUACAUCUCUUGUGACGUUAUCAACAAGCACAUUGCCGCCUAUGUAGGAUCCACAACGAUUAACCAAACGUUGCAUGAAGCCCAACUACCGUCCAACCUCACGCCGCUAGUUUCUAUCGAUGGCAUUCCUGUGCUGCAGCUCUCGCAAAUGUCGCGAUUCUUUGGUUCUGCCGGCCUUGGCGCUUCCUUUGGCCAACGUGCUGUCUUUCGAGACUUUUCACUGACAACGCCUACUGGAGACGAGAUUUACUCUCAUGCCAUGACAGACUCCAGCUUCCUCUCGGACUUCUUUAUGGGGACUUACCCCAACGCCGCUGUUGUCGAUGGCUCUCGGCGUGAUCGUAUUGCUUACACUGGAGACCUUGAUAUCGCUAGUGGAGCAGCGCUGGCAAGCACUCACAAUGUGGAGUCCAUUCUCGGAUCGCUUAACCUUCUCGGACCCUAUCAGGCGACGCCGGGUUUCUUUAUCCCGCCUGCCAAGAUCCAGCAAAAACCUCUCGUGAGUGGUAUUAAUACGAAUAUUACCGGCUUGAUCGGGUAUUCGUUCAACUUCUUGACGGCUGCCCCGAAGAUUAAGAAGAUGCUUGACUGGGCAGAUUCGCAAACACUUGAAAAUGGACUAUUUAACCUGUCUGACGUUUCUUUCGGCGGAGAUUGGAAUUACUACGACCCGCCACAAUCCGGCGUUGUCACCAAGUUUAAUGUUUUAUACGCCUAUGCUCUACAAGAGAGCUUGGUCAUCCUUACUGAUGGCGGUGUUGACUCGACGGUAUAUCAAAGCCGUCUAGAGAAGCUGCGCGAGGCCAUCGACACGCAGCUGUGGAGUGACCAUUUGAAGGCUUACUACAUAUCUGAGGGCCUCAAGACUGCGUUUGCGCAAGACUCCAAUGCGAUAGCCAUCUUGGCUGGCGUCAACAAGAAUUCCAGCCACUCUACAGAGACCAUUCUUUCCACACUAUCAGCAGACCUUAUGACCCCUGUUGGACCGCAUUCCUUCUCAAGCGGUGCGAUAUCUGCUGGUUUCCAUCCGUCCAUCAGCCCAUAUGCAUCUGCAUACCAUUUGCGAGCUGUCUUAGCCUCCAAUGCUAGUGAAGUGUCUCUUGAAUUGCUUCACAAUCUCUGGCGCCCUAUGGCAGAUAUAGCAAAUGUCAAUUACACUGGUACGUUUUGGGAGACUCUGGAUCCCGAGGGACGGCCUGGGCUAGGGCUUCCGACGAGUUUGUGUCACGGCUGGGCUGCCGGGCCCACUGCGGAGCUGACCAGAUAUGUUUUGGGCGUGCGGCCGAGUCAGCCAGGCUGGAAGCGAUUUGUAAUUGCGCCGGUGACUCUCGGACUUGAGAUGGCUAAUGGCACCGUACCUACUCCGAACGGGAGCAUCAAGGUUACGUGGAGGUUCGGCGACGCUGGCUUGUUAAGCAUGGAGGUCGACGCGCCGGCCGACAGCACUGGAAUUGUAACAGUGCCUACCCCUCUGCGGGUACCAGCCGAACAGUCUUCCUUCACCAUCAAUGGACAUGCUGUUAUGGGCACAACAUUCAGGGUAACGGGGGGAUCGAACUUCAUCUUAACACAGAUGCAAAAAGUAUAAGCUUGAAACAGUGGAUUGUUGGGCAAUGGCUGUUAAAGUCUAGCUGUACUUUUACUUAUGUAGUAAUAGAGCUAAAUAAGCUAGGAUUCGGUAGCCAGC